AAAAAUGACGUAGGCAGUUUGUUUUGCUGCUGCCGGGUGUUGGAAGUGAUGUGUCACGUUUCACUAAUAAUAAUCAUUAGUCAGCAGAUCGGGCAGUUCCUUUGUGCUGACGGGUCUGCGUGUGACUGAGUGACUGAGUGUGCGCAGGUUGACCGGAUGCAGUGCUUUUGAAAUGUGCAGCUCUGCCCUCUGAGGGACGCGCGGCUCUGCUUGUGUCUGCGCUGAGCCGCCACGGUCCGUCUCACGAUGGCGAUCAACAAGACCUACGUGAGCGUCGCAUACUCCUCGCUCGGCGUGGUGCUGGGGGUCUCUGCCUUCCUGGUGUGGAACAUCGUGUACAGGCAGCCGUGGACCGGAGCCAUGGGGGGUCUGUCAGGUGUGUUGGCCCUGUGGACCUUGAUCACUCACGUCAUGUACCUGCAGGACUACUGGCGGACGUGGCUAAGGGGCCUCAAGUUCUUCUUUUGCGCUGCGGUUUUCUUCUCCCUGCUGGCCGUCGUGGGCUUCAUCGCUUUUCUGUCCCUUGCCAUCAGCAGGAAGCAGUCUUUCACUGACCCCAGGAGCCUUUACCUGUCGGCUGUGUGGAGCUUUAUGAGCCUGAAGUGGUCUUUCCAGCUCCUCCUGGCUGCUAAACGCUACCGCAAAGAAUUUGCUGACAUCAGCAUCCUGAGUGACUUCUGAACACACUGCCCGCUCCUACAGCUACUCCUCAGAGACUUAGGAGUACAAUCACCAGCUGGGUGUCUGGCUUGAAUAUGUGUUGGGGUCAUUUAGACGGAUCUGCAGGAAGUUAAAAAAAAUAUUUCUCUUUUAAAAGGACGAGUACUCUUAUCUCAGUUACUUUCCUCAAUAUAAGAGGACUUGUGUUUAGUCUAGCACUCGUCUUUACAAUCCCGAAUACACUGACUCUUUGGCUUGUAGAAAUUUAAUUAUUUGUUCACUUCAGCCUUUUUUUACCUUCUGAUACUGGAAUUUCAACACACUGUUGUGGAAAUAACAAGUUACAGUUUCACUCUCCAGCCACUAGAGGUCAUCACUCUUCCAACUAUGACACAGUUUGGAUCUCUGUAUGUAAACCUGACUCAGUGGUUCACUUAUCCAUGUUGCAUAUUGUGGCUCAUCUGUCCUACAGGGUGAAUAAGGUUCUGUUGAAGAUCGUUUAACUCCCAGCACUGCUUAAACAGUGAAUGAAAGACUGAAACAGUGGUGGUCAGGCUAAAAUGAUAAUUUCCAAAAAUUCUAGAUAUACAAAUAUAAGCGCCAUGUGUCCCACUUCACGGGGGGUUUUAAUGUAAAGGAGUUUUGUAUUGUUUAUAUUAGUAUGGGGAAAAAAAAGAGAAGAUUCCAAGUUUGUUUUUUGUGUUCUCAAGUAUUCAUAUUAAUUUGCCCUUCUCAUUUUUAUGGACACUGCUUCUGUUGUUUAAUAAUUUCCCAUCUUCCCUUUAAGCGUCUGUCUUUUGGAUUCAUCUCGCUCAACUAAUCCAAAGCACCGUGGCAUUACACACCCCACAUGUAUCUGUCAACUGAAUGUAGCACUCUCUUUUUGUACACGUUUGUCUGGGAGAUCUGUUAAUAAAAAGCAUUUUUUUUCACAACUACAGGGUAUUGUGUGUUGCAAUAAAGUGGACAACAAGCGUU